AUGACUGAUAUUUUUAAUUUUAUUGCAAGCGGCAGAAUUACCACCAUCCCCCACCACCAACCUUUACCGCCACCCUGCACCGUCACCGCCACCACCACAAACCACGGCAUCUCCACCCCCACCACUCCCACCCUCACCGCCACACCCACCCUUUACCCCCACAGCCACCCCCACAACUCACGGCACUGCCACCCCACCACUCCGCAGCCCCAAUCCGCCACCACCUCCAUCUCUACCACACUACCACAAGCAUCCACCCCAACCUACACCUACACCUCCCCAAUCAUCACUACCACUAAGCAAUCUGUAGGUAGUGAGAAUGCUUUACAUGUGUCUGAAGGUGGUGGUAAACCUGUUCAACCUGAACAAUCUAGAGGUGUUCAACCUGAACAAGUUGGAGGUGCUGAAGUUGCUAUAGAUGUGUCUGAAGGUGUUGCUAAUAUUGGUCGUGAAGCUGUUCAACCUGAACAAUCUGGCAGUGGUGAAAAUUCGAUUAUCUCGCUUGCCUCGAGUUCUCUACAGCUGUUCAACCUGAACAAUCUGGCAGUGGUGAAAAUUCGAUUAUCUCGCUUGCCUCGAGUUCUCUACAGUGAAAUUGCUGGAGGUAGUGAAAAUACUAUACAUGUGUCUGAAGUAGGUGGUAAACCUGUUCAACUUGAACAAUCUAGAGGUGUUCAACCUGAACAAGUUGGAGGUGCUGAAGUUGCUAUAGAUGUGUCUGAAGGUGAUGCUAAUAUUGGUCGUGAAGCUGUUCAACCUGAACAAUCUGGAGAAUUACCACUAUCCCCCCACCACCAACCCUUACCGCCAUCCCGCACCCUCACCGCCACCACCACAAGCCACGGCAUCUCCACCCCCACCACUCCCAACCCCACCGCCACACCCACCCUUUACCCCUACAGCCACCCCCACCACUAUGCAGCCCCAAUCCGCCACCACCCCCAUCUCUACUAUACUACCACAAGCAUCCACCCAACCUACACCUAUACCUCCCCAAUCAUCACUAUCACUAAGCAAUCUGGAGGUAGUGAAAUUGCUGGAGGUAGUGAAAAUGUUAUACAUGUGUCUGAAGGUGGUGGUGAACCUGUUCAACCUGAACAAUCUAGAGGUGUUCAACCUGAACAAGCUGGAGGUGCUGAAGUUGUUAUAGAUGUGUCUGAAGGAGAUGCUAAUAUUGGUCGUGAAGCUGUUCAACCUGAACAAUCUGGAAGUGAAUUACCACCAUCCCCCACCACCAACCCUUACCGCCACCCCGCACCAUCACCGCCACCACCACAAAUCACAGCAUCUCCACCCCCACCACUCCCACUCCCACCGCCACACCCACCCUUUACCCCCACAGCCACUCUCACAACUCACGGCACCGCCACCCCACCACACCGCAGCUCCAGUGGUGGUGAACAUGUUCAACUUGAACAAUCUAGAGGUGUUCAACCUGAACAAGUUGGAGGUGCUGAAGUUGCUAUAGAUGUGUCUGAAGGUGAUGCUAAUAAUUGUCGUGAAGCUGUUCAAUCCGAACAAUCUGGAGGUGGUGAAAAUCCGAUUCUCUCGCUUGCCCCGACUUCUCUACAGACUGAUAUUUUUAACUUUAUUGCAAGAGGCAGAAUUUCCACCAUUCCCCCACCACCAACCUUACCGCCACCCCGCACCCUCACCGCUACCACCACAAGCCACGGCAUCUCCACCCCCACUACUCCCACCCCCACCGCCACACCCACCCUUUACCCCUACAGCCACCCCCACCACUCCGCAGCCCCAGUCCGCCACCCCCACCACUCCGCAGCCCCAGUCCGCCACCACCCCAUCUCUACUACACUACCACAAGCAUCCACCCUAACCUACACCUAUACCUCCCCAAUCAUCACUAUCACUAAGCAAUCUGGAGGUAGUAAAAUUGCUGGAGGUAGUGAAAAUGCUAUACAUGUUUCUGAAGGUGGUGGUGAACAUGUUCAACCUGAACAAUCUAGAGGUGAUGCUAAUAUUGGUCGUGAAGCUGCUCAACCUGAACAAUCUGGAGGUGGUGAAAAUCUGAUUAUCUCGCUUGCCCCAACUUCUCUACAGAAAUUUUUUGUCAAAUUACCACCAUCCCUCCACCACCAACCCUCACCGCCACCCCGCACCCUCACCGCCACCACCACAAGCCACGGCAUCUCCACCCCCACCACUCCCACCCCCACCGCCACACCCACCCUUUACCCCCACAGCCACCCCCGCAACUCACGGCACCGCCACCCCUACCACUCCGCAACCUCAGUCCGCCACCACCCCAUCUCUAACACACUACCACAAGCAUCCACCCCAACCUACAUCUACACUUCCCCAAUCAUCACUACCACUAAGCAAUCUGGAGGUAGUAAAAUUAUUGGAGGUAGUGAAAGUGCUAUACAUGUGUCUGAAGGUGGUGGUGAACCUGUUCAACCUGAACAAUCUAGAGGUGUUCAACCUGAACAAGCUGGAGGUGCUGAAGUUGCUAUAGAUAUGUCUGAAGGUGAUGCUAAUAUUGGUUGUGAAGCUGUUCAUCCUGAACAAUCUGGAUGUGGUGAAAACUCAAUUAUCUCGCUUGUCCCGACUUCUCUACAGAAUUACCACCAUCCCCCCACCACCAACUCCCACCGCCACCCCGCAUCCUCACCGCCACCACCACAAGCCACGACAUCUCCACUCCCAUCACUCCCACCCCCAACGCGACACCCACCCUUUACCCCCAUAACCACCCCCAAAACUCACGGCACCGCCACCCCCACCACUCUGCAGCCCCAGUCCGCCAUCAUCCCCAUCUCUACUACACUACCACAAGCAUCCACCCCAACCUACACCUACACCUCCCCAAUCAUUACUACCACUAAGCAAUCUGGAGGUAGUGAAAUUGCUGGAGGUAGUAAAAAUACUAUACAUGUGUCUGAAGGUGGUGGUGAACAUGUUCAACCUGAACAAGCUGGAGGUGCUGAAGUUGCUAUAGAUGUGUCUGAAGGUGAUGCUAAUAUUGGUCGUGAACCUGUUCAACCUGAACAAUAUGGAGGUGGUAAAAAUUUGAUUAUCUCGCUUGCCCCGACUUCUCUAUAG